AUGAGUCAUUUUCUAAACUACAAAUUUCAUUCUGUAUUAUCAUCAUCAUCACCAUCAUCAUCAUCAUCAUCAUCAUCAUCAUCAUCAUCAUCAUCAUCAUCAUCAUCAUCAUCAUCAUCAUCAUCAUCAUCAUCAUCAUCAUCAUCAUCAUCAUCAUCAUCAUCAUCAUCAUCAUCAUCAUCAUCAUCAUCAUCAUCAUCAUCAUCAUCAUCAUCAUCAUCAUCAUCAUCAUCAUUUUUAUCAUAG